UUGCAAACUGGGGAUGUUUUAGCGUGGUGCCCAAAGCCAGAAAUCCUCUCCGCCCCUGUAUUGAAAAUUACCAAGCACACCACGUCUGUUUGCACUUUUCAUGGAAUUCUCUGCAUUUCGUGGAAGACUCUGAUGCGCUGAUGCCUGGUAGACACCUUAGAACUUUAAAAACGGAAAGGACCUGCUUUUAGGGGAUAAUGCUGAGGGACACUAUGAAAUCUUGGAAUGAUAGCCAGUCAGAUCUCUGUAGCAGUGACCAAGAAGAAGAAGAAGAGAUGGUUUUUGGUGAAAAUGAAGAUGAUUUGGAAGAGAUGAUGGAUUUCAGUGAUCUGCCUACCUCACUUUUUGCUUGCAGUGUCCAUGAAGCAGUGUUUGAGGUGCAAGAGCAGAAGGAGAGAUUUGAAGCACUUUUCACUGUCUACGAUGACCAGGUGACGUUUCAGUUGUUUAAAAGCUUUAGAAGAGUCAGAAUAAAUUUCAGCAAACCAGAAGCAGCAGCAAGAGCACGAAUAGAACUCAACGAAACAGACUUCAAUGGGAAGAAGCUGAAGCUGUAUUUUGCACAGGUACAGAUGUCCAGUGAAACACGGGACAAGUCGUAUUUACUGCCGCCCCAGCCAGUCAAACAAUUCCUCAUCUCCCCACCUGCAUCGCCCCCGGUGGGGUGGAAGCAGGGGGAAGACGCGAUGCCAGUUAUAAACUACGACUUACUCUGUGCAGUCUCCAAACUGGGACCAGGAGAGAAAUACGAGCUCCAUGCAGGAACAGAGUCAACGCCAAGUGUGGUGGUUCAUGUCUGUGAAAGUGAAACUGAAGAGGAAGAAGAAACAAAAAACCCCAAACAGAAAAUUACCCAGACAAGGCGCCCCGAACCUCCAGCCGCAGCACUGAGUGAGCCCCAGAACUUUGAUGGGGCGCUGUGAAGCCUCUGGGGGGGGUGUGAGGCAGCUGCCCUCCUGGGCUCAGCACCAGAGGCCUGUGCUCCUCCGGUGCUUUGCUGCUCAACGUGUGUAUAGGUGAGGCUGGGGGUUGUGAAUAGGUGAGGCAAGGUGUUGCCACUGCCCCAGCACUGGAUCACAGCAGAGAGUAGCAGCUGAUUUUACCUGUUCAAAAUUUUAACAGAUAUCCUGAACAGCACUUUAAAUGAAAGGAUUAGCCACCAACAUGUCCCAUCUCUUGACCAUUUUUAAGCAGUAGCAAAUUAGGAAAUUUGUUUGAUUCCUGGCUCCCUCCAGCAGUGUUAAUUUCCCCAAUUCCAUAUAGCAUGGGCUACCCAAAAACUAAAGCUGUAGUCACCGAGUGCAGUAUCAUUUUUAUGAAUUUGAAAAUAGUCUUAAAAUUCUAAUAAUCGAAUGUGGGUAUUUUGUAAUGGUGUAAUAGCUUCCUACUAAUCUAUCUACUGAUCAAAGGUUGUUAUUCAAUACACAUGAAAUUUUUUGCACAAAAAGAGAUCUGAAAUACAGAAUAAUUCAUAGAGAGUCAUUUUUCUCAAGUAGUUCUUUCUUUAGCCUUGGAGAGGAAAUGCCAAAUUCACUUUGACUCCUGGAAUCCAGUGGGUUACAUUGGUGUAAUGUUACUCUCUUCCCUGUUACCCUUACUUGAGAGAGGAAGGUGACGCACAGCCCACUGUCCCGAAUGCGUCAUCCCUCCCAGGAAACUGCUACUUUGGAAGCGGGACAUACCACCAGUGAGUUUGGCUAAUCACGACCUCAGGUGGUGACCAAAGUCUGCCAUCUGUGACCACAUGCUAGCCCACAGCAUAUCCAACUGUCCUCGGUCACUGGUUGAGUUUUUUAAUGUUAUACAUAUUGUGCGUGUGUCAUUCAGAGACUGUAAAUUAGAAAAGGUAAUGACAAGAUUGUCUGAAGACCAUUUUUUAAUUGUAUAGAUACUUUCCAGUUUGCUUUGAAAGAAAAGGCACACAUAUUCUUUUUCUGUGAAUCAAGGAAGGACGGGAGGAAAUCAAGAUCAUUCAGUUAGUGAGACUUUGUUUUUGGUGCAAUAUAGUAUCCUGGCUGACACUUGGCAUUUUCCCCUAAAACAGAAUUGUUUUUUACUUGUGUUUCAGAGUGGGUAGUUGAAGCUCCUAACACAGAAACGGGCAUCUUUUUAACUUUGUGUGGUCUGUGCAGAUUCUGCUGUCCCUUUACAGAAAAGUCCUGUAACUAAGAAGACUUUGCUCUGGUCAGGUGGCUCUGCUGAUCUCUGUUCUCUGAUCUCACAUCUGGAGCUCCCUGGUAUGUGCGUGAAGGGGCUGCAUACAGGAGUUUGGGUUGGUAAACUGCUGUGGCUGCCACUACACAGAGAGAAGAAUGCUGAAAUUCACGCCAUAGUGUCCGCACAUUUUUGGUAGCAUGUUUAGAGGUUCUUACUAUGGUAGGAUUUAUUUCUGAGGACUUAAACCAUAUUGCCAAAAAAAAAAAAAAAAAGUUUUCUAUUUUUUUUCUAUUUUUCCUUGCCCUCAAAUACCUGAAAUGUUAAGCUCUCCUAUUUGUGUAUGUCCACCACUGUUCAGCCUCAAUAUAAAUUCAGUUGAGAUGUGUGAUUCCAUAAGCAGUUUAUUAUUUUUUUUAAGAUUUUAUUUAUUUAUUCAUGAGAGAGAGAGAGAGAAGCAGAGACAUAGGCAGAGGGAGAAGCAGGCUCCCUGUGGGGAGCCUGACAUGGGACUCGAUCUCAAGAUCCUGGGAUCACAACCUGAGCCAAAGGCAGAUGCCCAACCACUGAGCCAACCAGGCAUUCCCCCAUAAGCAGUUUCUUAAAUUCAGAUCGUCAUUUGGCACCCAGUUAAUAAAUUUACUUUGCAUUCUAAAUUCACCAUUUAGCCAAUGUUUUAUCUGGUUAUACCAACUUGUCAUUUGCAGAAUGGACCCUGUAUGUCAGGAAAUAUAUGUAUUUUCAACAGUGGGGGAUUUUAAAAUUUCCUUUUAGGUAAUAUCUAUUAGCUAUAAUUUUCUAAGUGAUCAAAAUCCAUGAUGUUUUAUUAUUUGGCUUGGCUUUCGUGGUCUUCCUUCCAAUUAAAGAAUAGUCUAUCCCAAACUUACAUAACCUGUUUCUAAAGUCAAGCAGUGCAGAUUACCUCAAAAUUUCUUUUUCUCUGUCCUUAUUUUUUUUAGAGUAUUGAAUUGAAGAAAAGCUUAAACCAAAAUAUAUAUGUUAAAUAAUUAUGUACUAAAUACAAAAUAUUUAUUAUUUAAUAUAUACAUAUAUUAAAGUUUUCUGAAUGGAGAACAUUAAUAUUUUCAUUCUUUCUAGUAUAAUAUUUCCGUAAGGUGAACUCUAAAAGAAAAAAUUAACUUUUAAAUGUGGUGAAAUCAACCAGUAUCUCAAAUAUUAUGGUCUCUGUCCUUUUUUGACUUUUUCAUAUCCAGCUCACGUAACCAUCUUGUAAGAGAUGAGUCUCAUGUACUUUUUCAAAGUUCCUUUUAAUAAGUUUAGUUACAUUUGUCUUUUUGGAAACUGAGUUAUUGCUUAGAUUUAACUCUAAUAGUAUAGUAGCCAUGUUCUCUUUAGAAAUCAUAAUUUCAUCUCAGGAAUCAAAUUAUUUAGAGCAUUGUGAGGAAAGAAAAUGAUGCUUUGUGUUACGGAAAAAGCAUUUUUUUAAAAUAUAUUUUUAUUUAUUUAUUCAUGAGAGACAGAGAGAGAGAGAGAGAGAGGCAGAGACACAGGCAGAGGGAGAAGCAGGCUCCAUGCAGGGAGCCUGACGUGGGACUCGAUCCCCGGUCUCCAGGAUCAGGCCCUGGGCUGAAGGCAGAUGCUUAACCGCUGAGCCACCCAGGGAUCCCCCGGAAAAAGCAUUUUUGAAGGAUAAGAAAAUCCUAACACUUAAUAAGGAUAGUCAACAAAACCUGCAGUGUGGCAGUGCAUUGGCUUCUACAUUCUAGGUUCUUUUGAAAUACCUACCUGAUGAAACUGGAAAUUAACCCAUUUAAAAAGUGCACUAGUAUGAGCAUCAACUAGUUGAAGGUGCUAAGAGAUGGAAUCAGUAAAAUCAAUUCCCUUGUCUUGGGGACCUGAGCAUCAGGGGGAGAGCAAACUCAUUUUCUUUGUUUUGCUUCUUCAUACUUUAUACACUAAACCUAUCCACAGAUUUGAGAGCACAGGAAGUUUUAAGUUCAACAUAAAGGCUUAAAUAGAACAUGGUGUGUCCAAAUCAGAGCUGCCAGGAGACAGAGCAGGAACAGCACCAUCCUUCUUUGAGAAUACAGUCAUUUUGUUUCCCACUCACAGGGACUCCAUCUCUUAAUGUUGUGAUAGAAAGUGGAGAUUAGAUUUCCUCAGAAUCUCAGCCAUAGUGCCCAAGGUGUCUCUAGAAAUGACACAAUCCACUCCUCAUGUAACACAGAUGAGAAAACAGAGAUGAACAUCUUAUUUUGAAGACCACAGGGACUGGGUUGGCUUCCCAAAUCCCCCAGGAGGGCUUUUGCUCCUUUCUUCUUGCAUUGGCCUCUCAGAAGCAGUGAAUCCCUGUCAUAAGAAAAUAGAAAAAAAAAAAAAAGGAAAAGAAUUCUAUCUCCCCUGAAAGGAUACAGUGAAUAAGGAACAUCCAGUGAAGGCAGUGACUUAGUAACUUCAUGAAUGAAACCAAUGUUCCAUGUUUUGGUGUUUUUAUUAUCAUUGUACUGUUGGGAUUGGAAUCUACUUAAAUAAUGUUAUUUUGGUAGCCAGCAAUUGUGCUGACAUUUUAUGUGGGCUUUCCUAGAUUUUAAAUUAUAUAUAGUCAUAUUUGAAAUGUGAUUCUAAUGACGCAACUUGAGAUCUCAUAGGAUUUGGACAUAGUUUGCAGUGCAAUGACACUGGCACUCGGCGCUCAUAAAAUGGAGCUCUGUUAAAAAUUAAAGACUCACCGAUACUUCAUGUUUUUAUAUAGACUCUUUUACGGACCACAGUUUUAUUUUUAAAAGGGAAGAUCUCAGACAUAAUUAAACAGUGGAAAAUGUACGAAAUUCUUUGGUGCAUCAAAGUUCCUUGUCUGCUGGUAUCUCUCUUUUCUUGGGAGUUGUAUACUUUCAUACCUGUUACGCAGGUGAACUUGGUCAACCUUUCUCUCACUCUGCUUCUCUUUUACACACCUGCAUGUAUAUCCUUCUGUACAAAAGGAAACAUGUGACUUAUAAACGUGACAAUAAAAAGGAACAAAAGAUGAGGGAAUUAGUUGCCUCCUAGCUAGGGUGGGAAGUCCAUUGUUACAGAAACUCACUUUUUAGAAGGUUAAAUAAAUUUAAAGAAUAAGGUUUAUGGACUGUGUUCCAGAAUUUGAUAAACACAUUUGUUUUAUAACGUCCCCUUGGGGUGUGAGUCAGCCAGGUCAUCUUCACUGGAAUGCCAUUGUUGUCUCUAUCCAGGAAUCAGGAGGAAAUGUUAAUAAUUUGAAGAGUGUUGUUAUUAAUACCAAAUACACAGGCAACAAAGCAACAGAAAAUUGUAACAACUGCGAUGUUUUACUGACCAAAAACAUUAUAAAAAUGGUUAUGUUCAAAAUAGAAGUUUCCAGCCAAGGUUAAGAGGUACUAACAUUGAGUGGAGUCAGUGUCUCCUUCCAUGUAAACAAAAGCAUAAGGACCUUCUUUGAACUUAGGCAUGUGUGGUCUCUCUUGUAAACUGUUUCCUUUUGAAGCAAAAUCAUGUCCUACAGACUCUUGGGAGUUCCUGCAUAGCAUUGACUGAAUAUUCAUUCUUGUCAUCUGGAAGGUCUAUAUCUAUGCAGAUAAUACAUGUUUUUCUAUAUUGUUUUCUAUUUAGUCCCCAGUCUUCCUAAACCAGACUGGAGACUGAGGAGAGAUAAAGGUGGCUAAUCCUGUCACUGUGCCAUCUUCUUCCCGCUGCUUUUCAGCCCCCGAGAUGGGGGCCCCAGAGAGGAGCGAUCUACAUUUCUGCUGUAUCAUGCAUGUCCUCCAGCUUUGACUUCUGUCUUCAUUGAACCCAGGAGGUGAAUUUAUUAUUUUAUCUGAACAUGUUGGUGAUCUUGUGUUACAUUCUGGGGGACAUUACUUUUCUGGUACUGUAAAUUGUAGGGAAUAUUCAUUGUGCUUCGAAAACCUGGUCAGUAAUUUAUAUAUAUGUAUUCUGUAUUUUCGUGUGCUUGAUGUGACAAUCCAUAGUUUAUAGUAGUUUGUUAUUGUCAACUUUGGCUAUCCUGUAUUUUUAGGACAUUUAAAUGUCCAUUGUCCUCUCAAAGUGACAAAAGCAGAAUGUAAUUUUUUUGGAAUCCUUGUGAUUACUUGUAACAAGAUUGUUUUUAAAGCUAAUAAAAAUAAAGUUAGGAUUUUUUUUAAAAA